AUGGGUUUUCGUUUACAUGGUAUCCGAAAGGCAUUAUUUUCAGCAAAUCAAGCAGCUUCAAAAGCAGUGGAUGCACCAAAGGGCUAUCUUGCAGUCUAUGUCGGAGAGAAAAUGAAGCGGUUUGUAAUCCCUGUAUCAUACUUGAACCAACCUUCAUUCCAGGACUUGUUGAGUCAAGCUGAGGAAGAGUUUGGAUAUGAUCAUCCUAUGGGAGGCCUCACAAUUCCUUGCAGUGAAGAUGUCUUCCAACGUAUAACAUGUUGCUUCAAUUGA